GGAGCGAGAAUUAUACGAAAGUAACCCGCAAGAGCUCUGUGGCAAGAGCAUGGAGGAUGUUUUAAUAAAAUAAUGCUCGUGUUUGUUUUAUAACCAUGAAACAGAUGUCUUUUUUGUGCGAAAAACCAAGGAAUAACAAGCCCCACGACUGAAGCAAGAGUUCAACGUAUGAAUCUAUCACGGAAAUUAUGUGUAGCAGAGAUAUUUAAUACUUUUUAUCCAACAAAACGCACAUGGUUCGAGUGUAGAUAUUUCUUGCCUUGCGUAACAGUUGUUGUAAAAGGCAUUCAUUCCAGUACGGUGGCUUGUGUUAACCAGGUCGUUUUGGAUCGCGUUGAAAGGGAAUGGAAACGUAAACUUAACAAUGUGAAGGAAAGGGGAGAUGCUAUAUUUGUCCUGGGACCAAUGGGUGCCGGAAAAUCAACGAUUAUUGAAAAUUGUUUUAAAUAUCACCUCAAGUACAAAAGUUAUGCAUAUGUAGACACAGAUGCAAUAAUGGGGACGAUUGAUGCAUUCACUGCAGACAAGGUCGAAAUCUAUUAUCCACUUGCUAGAAAGAUUGCAAUAAGUUUAACAGAUUGGAUCCUGAUGCAGAACAUAAGUUUUGUUGCAGAGGGAACCUGUGUAAAGGUGGAAGAAUUGAUUGAAUACAUGGAACGACUGAAAGAAACUGGAUAUAAAAUACAUGUUAACUGCCUUCCUCCGGUUUCAUUGAAUGAAAUUCUACACCGUUCGAAGCAUCGAAAGAACAGAAUAAUUCAUGAUGAUGUUGUGACAUCCAUCUACACUCAUGCAACAAUAGGCCUUAAGAAAUUAUAUGAAUAUAACAAAACUGUUGAUUAUAAACUAUUCAGUGAAUUGGAGAUUUCAACAGGCUCCUAAAUGAACAGUUAUGGAAAACUAGGUAGUGUGUGUAUGCCAAUGAGAUUGGAAAGUGCACUGCAACUAGGGUUUAAUUAAGUGAUGGCACAUUAAUAAAAAAUAUGAUUAUUUAAAUAUACAGAAAUUUGUAUUAGUAAUUUUUAUGGGAGUAAUUAGUUCUUGGAAAGCUAUUAAAAAACUACCAGAAGCCACUUUAAAUAAAAUAUGCAUUGACAGCAAUUGGGAGCCACCUUAAUAGUUUCUCAAAAACUGAAGAGAGUCACCUUAACAAAAUUAACUAUACAGUUAGAAAGCAUGUAAAGCCACCUUAAAACAAACAGAACAGUAUAAGAAAUAUGCUUUUAUUUGAC